AUGGCGCGGGACGGCAACCCGCUGUCCGUAGAGGCACGCAAGAACCGGUCGUAUCUCUUCUACGGGUUCAGCAUCGUGAUAAUGGUCAUCAUCGGCGUGUCGUUGAUCGGUACGCUGGCCCCUUCCGGGUUUGGCGAUGCGGGGUCGACGCUCGUGUUCGGGACCUACGACGGACAGGAGAUCACCUUCACGCCGAACAACUUCUUCGGAGCCUCGUACGAGUGGCACUACCGCGACCAGUCCUCGCGAUUUCCCGACGGCGUCGAUCAGCGGAUACUUGCCUACGGCGUCUGGCGCCAGGCGUUCAACGACACCGUGCUGCACACCGCCCGGGUGCAUGCCGCCCUGGCCGGCGGCGUUCACGUAUCGCAGCAGCGCGUCGACCAGGCGCUCAUCACUUCGAUCGCGUCCUACGAAGACCUCGAGGAGAUGCCGGUGGCGACGCGCGAGGGCAACCUGGAGCGCUUGCGAGAGUUGCUGGUGCGCCAGCGCUACGCGGACGACCUGACGCGCGGACGCCUGAGCAGCGGCAAUGAGGUCACCUUCUACGAGGAGAUGAUCAGGGACGAGCGCCGUUUCGAGUUCAUCAGCCUGGCCGACGACGCGUACCCCGACUCCGAGGUCGCCGCCUACGGCGAAGCCAACGCAGCCGAUUUUCGUCGAGUGGACCUCAGCCGCAUGCAGAUCAGAGGCGGGGUCGACGCCGCCGAGGAGAUCCGGCAGCGCAUCGUCUCCGGCACCGCCACCUUCGAGGAUCAGGCGCGCGCCCACUCGCAGGACGAGUUCGCCGAUCAGGGCGGCGAGUUGGGCUUCCGCUACUUCUACCAGGUGAGCCAGGACUUCACGGAUGCGGAGACCGCGGAGCGGGUCUUCGCCCUCGCCGAAGGCGAAGUCUCCGAGGUGCUUGCGAGUGGCGUGGAGGAAACCCGCUAUCUCUACCGGGCGGACAGCCGGGUGGUCCAGCCGGAUUUCUCGGACACCGAUACCAUCGCGAAGAUCCGGGCCUACCUGACCACGGCCGAGCGCGGCCUGGUGGAGAACUACCUACUGGCUCAAGCCGACCGAUUCCGCGUCGCGGCGGCUCAAAGCGACUUUCACACGGCCGCCUCCGAGCUCGACCUCACCGUGCACGCCACCGAGUGGUUUCCGAUCAACUACCGCAACGGAGCCGCGCCGCGACCCGUCGCGACGACCGGUGAGCUGGCGCUGCUGGCAGGCGCCGCCAACUUCGAAGAGUUCUUCCAGCAGGGCUUUCUGGACGAGCGGGAGAUACCGUCGGAGAAUCUGCGGAGCGCGGCGGGAGAAAGCGUGUUGGACCUGUUCAUCGCACAGGCACGCAACGCGGACCUGGAGUGGUGGGUCAACACCAACGGGCUGCUGGAAGACACCUUCAGUCAGGCGUUCGCGGCGAUCACGGGCAGCAGCGGCGGAUAA